UGUUGUUGUCGUCGUCGAUCGAGCGACGACGACGACGACGACGACGGCGUCGCAAGCGGUGGAAGAAGAAGAAGAGUCGACGACGACGACGACGACGACGACGACGACGACGACGACGACGACAACGAAGAAACCGACGGACAUCGUGAGACGCCUUUUUGUUUCGUCUCCUGGACUCGAGGAGGACGAUAAAGAAGAAAAAGAAAGAGAAAAAGAAAAAGAACAAGAAAAAGAAGAAAAAGAAGAAGAAGAAGAAGGAGAAGACGACGUCGGCCUACCGUUCUUUCUUCUCCUCCUCCUCCUCCUCCUCCUCUUCUUCUAUUUCCUCUCUCUAUUCUCCCAUAGCGAGAGACGACGCGGUAUUAGAGAAGCUCCAGAAGAAGCACGAGCCUACCACCACCAUCGCCGCCGCGGCUUGGAUGGAUACUGUGCAUUAUUUCUGGAGUGCAUCCACGUCGCCGUCAUCCUGACCUGCCCGAGAAAUCCUCAUGAAAGACUGGGAACUCAGUACUCAGAAUAGCAUCGGCAGUGCGGUGGCUGCAGCCGACACCAUUUCCGCGCCGUGGACUCCCGCGAGUUCCGGGCCGCCGCCCGACGCCAACGGCUCCGGCUCGGAUACGAAGAACCUCGACGUUGGCGAAAUUAGCGAUGACGAAAAGGAUCUGUCGGCGGCGGACGCGGAGGGAGUAUGGUCGCCGGAUAUCGAGCAAAGCUUCCAGGAAGCUCUCACCAUAUAUCCGCCAUGCGGCCGACGCAAAAUUAUCCUUUCCGACGAAGGGAAGAUGUACGGUCGGAACGAGCUGAUCGCCCGUUAUAUCAAAUUAAGGACCGGUAAGACGAGAACACGAAAGCAGGUCUCCUCGCACAUACAGGUCCUAGCGAGGAGAAAACUUCGUGAGAUCCAGGCGAAACUCAAAGUGGAUCAUGCCGCCAAGGAGAAGGCUCUCCAGACAAUGUCGAGCAUGUCGAGCGCCCAGAUAGUAUCAGCUGGGAGUGCGAUACACAACAAGAUGCCCCCCGCCCUCGUGGGGCCCCUUGCCCUUCACGCUUCCACCCCUGUCUCCUAUCCCGGAGCGCAAUUCUGGCAGCCAGGUCUGCAGCCAGGAACCUCCCAGGAUGUCAAGCCGUUUCCACAACCUGCGUACACCGGUAAACCGGCGACGGCGGUCUCGAGCGGCGACAUGGUACAGGCACAGCCUCCGCCACCUUGGGAAGGACGAGCAAUUGCAACUCACAAGCUAAGGCUCGUCGAGUUCUCGGCAUAUAUGGAUCAGCAAAGAGAUCAGGACAUUUACCACAAGCAUCUGUUCGUCCACAUAGGAGGAUCAGCGACCUAUGCCGAUCCAUUGCUCGAAGCUGUCGAUGUAAGGCAAAUAUACGACAAAUUCCCGGAGAAGAAGGGUGGUUUGAAGGAACUUUACGAUAAGGGACCGCAGGCUGCCUUUUUCCUUGUUAAAUUCUGGGCCGAUCUCAAUACUAAUAUUCAGGACGAAACUGGAGCCUUUUAUGGUGUUACGAGCCAGUACGAGAGCAACGAGAACAUGACGAUAACGUGUUCGACGAAAGUCUGCUCCUUUGGAAAACAGGUGGUGGAAAAGGUGGAGACGGAGUACGCCAGGUUCGAAAAUGGCAGGUUCGUCUAUCGUAUCAGCCGUUCACCGAUGUGCGAAUAUAUGAUUAACUUCAUCCACAAGUUGAAGCACCUGCCAGAGAAGUACAUGAUGAACAGCGUUCUCGAAAACUUCACCAUCCUUCAGGUUGUAACGAACAGGGAUACGCAGGAAACAUUACUGUGUACGGCAUAUGUGUUCGAAGUGUCGACGUCCGAGCACGGUGCACAACAUCACAUAUACAGAUUGGUCAAGGACUAACCUGCUCGAACCUGCUCGCCAUGCAGCCAUCUACCCCCAUCAGUGCCUACCAUCACAUAAAAAGAAUCAUCCGUACGCGUAUAAUAUACACUAAAAAUACACUGAAUACAUAAAAUCACACGCGCGAGGAGAAACACGAAUAUGAGAAUGCAAUGAGAUGUAGACUCAUUGUUCAUACGUACUAUAUAUAUAUAUAUAUACACUCACA